CCAUCCCCUCCCCCCGCUGUCUGUGUGUGAGGUAGCUUGUAGGUAACAGAGCGCUCGCGCAGUCGGAAGUUUGUGUUGGAGAUGGGCUGAAAGUCUGAGAGAAAUCCACCUUGGCGCGGACGACGAGUGGUUUUCCCCAGGAUUUAUAAACUCUUGUGAUGCUCAGACCCAGCUAUGCCUUACGUGGAUCGGCAGAACCGCAUCUGUGGCUUCCUGGACAUUGAGGAAAAUGAGAACAGCGGCAAGUUCCUGCGCCGCUACUUUAUCCUGGACACAAUGGAGGGCAGUCUGGUGUGGUACAUGGACAACCCGCAGAACCUUCCAGAAGGAACCCCAUGUGUUGGCUCCCUGAAGCUCACGUACAUCUCCAAGGUUAGCGAUGCAACCAAACUGCGACCCAAGGCAGAGUUCUGCUUCGUGAUCAACGCUGGAAUGAGGAAGUUCUACCUGCAGGCCAACGACAAACAGGACCUGGUGGAAUGGGUCGCUGUGCUCAACAACGCCACCAAAAUCACGGUCCCAAAGUUGGGUGAGCCGUGCGGGCAGAACCCAGCGGAGGCAUGCGCAGAUGUCCUGGGUGCCAUGAAGCAGGUCUCCUACAAGACCGAGAUCAUCGGUGGAGUUCCCAUCAUCACCACCACACAGGAGAAGGCUGAAGGGCAGAACGGGGCAGAGAGAGGGACACUGAGGAAGCCUCAUGGCCAGGUGCCCUACUACCUAAGCCGAGCCAACCAGGACCAAUCGGUGGUGAAGGCUGGCUUCUGCGUUAAACAGGGAGCUGUGAUGAAAAACUGGAAGAGACGAUACUUCAUGCUGGACGACAACAACAUCAGUUAUUUUAAAUCAGACCUGGAGAGAGAGCCACUCCGGGUUAUUCCACUGAAGGAGGUUACUAAAGUCCAGGAGUGUAAGCAAAGUGAUUUGCUGAUGAGGGAUAACCUCUUUGAGCUCGUCACUACCUCACGAACAUUUUAUAUUCAGACGGACAGUCCCGAGGAGAUGCACAACUGGAUCAAGGCCAUUUCCGGAGCGAUCGUAGCCCAGCGAGGCCCCGGCCGCUCUGCAGCUUCAGAGCGCAGGGAAUGCCCUUCCAGCUUUUACUGCAGUGAACAAGGCCCCCCAGUCCCUCGCUCACCCAUCUCCACCGAACCCCACUUCCCAGAAUGCCACUUCCCAGCGGGCCAUCAGCAUGGCGUGGGACGAGCCAGACCUCAGCGGCCUCCUGCGGGGCAGCCCACGUACCCGUCUGUCACUCCAGGAGUCUCCCCGCCUGUUUUUCAAUUACAGGAAAUAGUUUAUCCUGGCCAGGAUGGCAGUGGAUCUCCAGAACAUUCAUCUAUCCAUGCAGUCAGCCAGCUGUCUAUCAGCACCUUUGAUCCAUCCAUCAAAACCUUCCAUCCAUCCAUUCAGCCCACCAACAUCUUCAGUCCGUUCAUCCAUCCAUCAAAGCCUUCUAUUCAUUUUUCCAUCCAUCUAAUUAUUCGUGUCUUUGACACUGUAAAGGAGCAAUGGAAAACCGUUCUUCUGAAGAUCUUCCUUCCACUCAGCAUGCUCCUCUGACCAUCAACGGUGCCACUGUGGAGAGAGUGGAUAGCACCAAGUUCUUGGGUGUGGUCAUCACAGAGGACCUCUCCUGGACUGGAAACACAGCAGCACUGGCCAAGAAAUCACAGCAGAUCACAGCAAUCUUCCUCCGCAAACUGAGAAGAGCCAAAGCCACACCACCCAUCAUGCACACCUUCUUCAGAGGCACCAUUGAGAGCAUACUAUCGAGCUGCAUCACUGUGUGGUACGGUGCUUGCAACGCAUCCUCCCGGAAGACACUACAGCGCAUAGUGAGAGCAGCUGAGAGGAUUAUUGGUGUCUCUCUCCCCUCCCUCAAGGACAUUUACGAGACCCGUCUCACCCGAAAAGCCCUCUGCAUUGCAGGUGAUCCCACCCACCCAUUACACAGCUUCUUCAGUCUGCUGGGAGGAGACUGCGGAGUCUCCGGGCCAGGACCAACAGACUGAAGGACAGCUUCAUUCAUCAGGCUGUCAGGAAGCGGGAACUCACUCUCAAACUUGCCUCCACUUCUCUUUUCUGCCACAGGCUCCACAGAUCUAUGACCCCAACACUCCCCUUCAGAUCCCACAUCCCCAAGGUCCUUCCACUCCCCCCUCCCACUAACAUACGAAAAACAUGCACCAGUCACUUUGUGCAGCAUUGGUCUGCUUAUUCUUCACUGUAUCUACAUAUGCCUUGCACUUUAUUUAAAUUUCAUUGCUAAUAUUUUGCACCUUGGGACUGAGAGAAAUACAUUUUCAAUUCUUUUUUGUGUAUAUAUUGUACAUGUGAAAGAGUUGACAAUAAAGAAAACUUGAACUUGAAUUUGAACUUGAACUUAAGUCCCUCAGGUGUUUUUCUUUGUUCAGAUAUAGCUUGCCCUGUGGAUGGGAGUGGAGUCAUUCUGGAAGAGACCAAACCAUCUAUCAAAUAACAUGAGGAGAGCUGAUCAGCAAGAACGUGAAUAAGAAAGUGUAAAAGGUUGAAGUGAGGGCGUGACGUGCAUUAGUUCCUGCACACAACAUGUCUCUGAUCACGUCACUGUAACAUUCUGGCACCAUGACGUCCACUGAAAUGACCAUCAGCGUAGCGUGUUUUUGGAUACAGGUCUUUUACUUCUCCACCCGCUCUGCACCCCUGACCCCUGCCUACGCCCCUGCAGGAAGGAUGAUGAAGUUUUACUCAGAAACUGGUGGAGGCAGAAUGAGGUCUAUGAGCUCAUGAGAGCUGCUCUGUUUACUGAACGCAUUCUAAAGCUACUUCACCUUUUUUCACAGACCUGAGGCUGAGGAUAGAACUGAGGCUUUAUGUCUGAAAAGCUUAAAGUUACAGCUUCAUUUCUGACUGAUACAAAACACUGACACCGGAGACUCCUUCCCUACAUGCAACAUUAACGUUAACAAGCUUUUUUUGUAUAUAUAAUUUUUUUAUUAUUAGUGGAGUGUCCUUGUGAAUGAGCUGUCACUGGAGAAGUUUAGUAUCAGUGCGAGCACAUGAAUAUAAACCUGUGCUAAUGUCAGAGCUGCUGUUCAGGAGAUUUAAUCAACAUGUGACCACCAAUCAGAGUGCAAGUUGCUAGUGUUGAAAACGAUCUGAAUUAUUCUGUGUUUAAUUCAUUUUAGAACGUUAUAUAAAUAAUAGUUAAAAAAACUGGACAAGAAAAACAAAUGUCACAAGAAAUGUUUAAUGGAAGUAAAAAGUUAGGACAUAUUG